AUGGGCGGGCGGCAGCGGCAGCAGCACCGGCAGCAGGCCCCGGCGCUGCCCGCCGCCGUCGGGGCGCUGUGCCGGGCCCUUCCGCCCCGCGCCCGGCCCGCCCCCGACACCCUGCGCCGCGCCAGGUUCGACCGGCCGCAGGCGAGCCUGGACUUCUGGAGGUUGCUGUAUGUGCUUCUGAAGCAGAUCCACGGGGGCGGGUGGACGGAGUCUGAUGCCAUAGGUGCCCAGGUGAGGUUUGUGAAGUCGGCGCUGUGGUUCCACGGCUACGGACGGCCUCAGCUCCAGCGGCUCCCCGCUGACGGCUCCGCGGGCAGUCGGGAGCUGCUGCUGGCCUUCUCCUGGCUGCUGCACAGGCUGGGCCUCCUGGAGCAGCUCCUGGCUCGGAACAGACUGCAGACUGGGGAUGAGGCCUCCGUGUGCACGUGUGAAGAUGAGCUGCCCAGCAUCCAGGAAGAUACAGCUGAAGCAGGGCCUGAAGACAGAGUGGAUGUUCGAUACCUGCAAUGGUUAAACGGGAGGCUGAGGUUGCAGUGGUGCAGUUUGCACGCUCAGCACCAAGAGCAAUGCAAACUUUUGCACAAGAUCCACUUAUUCACAAGUGGCUCCCACAUGGACCAGAACCUCGGACAUUUUUCUGUCACAGAAACAGAUCUCAUUAGACAACCAGAGAACUACAAGCAGCUGUUACAGCUCCUGGAGUCUGAGACCAUGCAGCUGGAAGCCUUUCUGGAAUGGAAGCAACUGGAGCCAAUUUACUGGCAGUGGAUGGAAACGGUGUUGGAUAAUAUGGCUGAGGAAGGAAAUAUGUGUGAGUCCCAGGGUGCUCAUGUGGAGAAAAAGAGGCUGCCAGAGGUGAACUCCUGCUGCCCCUGGGCUGACAAGCUGACUGGGCAAAUGGACAGAUUAUCCAGAGACCUAAUGGCUCUCCAAGAGCAGCUGCAUCAGCUCGUAGCUCAGCGGAAGGCUCUGUGGUGGGAGAAGGUGGCAGCAAGAGAAGAACUACAGAAGGAGAGGUUCUCUGCCACUGCUAGAAAGAUACAGGAAAGUGUUGAACUGAAACUGAGAAGUCUCACGUCCCUUUGCGCUCCAAAGAAAAAUGAAACGCACGGUUUGUGCAGGCUGGUGCUGAGGAACAAACACCCUGCCAGCAAAAUGGGCUUGGGUGGGUGUGUGUCCAAGGAGGCUGUUUCAGCUGUCAGUGCUGCAGAGGUGAUCAGAGAGCUGCAGGUGAGAGAGGCCAGCCUGCAGAGAGAGCUGGAGCAGCUGCGGCAGGAGUGCCGGCACCGGCUGGAUGAAAUCGCAGGAGGCUUGGAGGGAGUGAUUUGUAUCUCCCAUUGAGGAGAGACACCUGGGCUGAGAGAAGCAAAGGAAUAGGGUGGCUUGGUCACGUUGUGCAGCUUGGUAGGGGGGAGUGUGAGCUGAGGAACCAAAUGUAAUUUCUAAUUCCUCAGCCUGGGAAUCAUAACUUGUCACUGCUUUGUGAGUUGUACUGGGGCCACAACCUCGGUGCUCUCUCUGCAGCCUCUUUAUUGCUAACCUUGCCAAUUAAAUUCUGCAUUAGGCCUUGGUGGGAGUGUGCAUAAAUCUCCCUUUUAUCUUCUGGAUUUCUAGUUCUUCUGCCAAGCACUGGGCUCUUUUACAGCGCUCAGCUGCUAGGCGCGGCAUACAUUGAGGCUCUGCAUUGAAGUACUAAUUGCACUCGAUAUUUUCCAGCAAUUGGAAGGGUUCAUUAGUCAGAAAAAUCCAGGUAUUGGAGAACAUGAAGAAUACCAAGGCUUUGAGAGAUUGGAAAUAUUCAAGAAAGUGUGUUGUUUUAAUUCAGCUGCUUGGAGUAUUUGUGGCUGCUCUAAUGCAGUCACAAUAAAGAAAAACAAAUGCCUAAUAAUAAAUAAAGCACUGCACUGAUUUCAUUUACUGGUGUGAUGCACUUGAAGUAAUUGGGUUCUCAAAGAGAACAAACUAGAAACCCAUUCCAUCAGGUCACAAUGAGAUGGAUAACUUAUGGGCCUGCUGUAGGAAGUUUCUGUGAUACAGAAAUACAGAAAGACCUUAACUUGCAAGCUUGAGGAGUCUCCAAGCUCUGUCCCUGAAGGCUUCCUUCCUUGGAACAGUGAAAUGCUUUUCUUUUGGCCUUAAUUUCCUACCCUUUUCUGGUCUGCUUUCACUAAGGAAUAUUUUUAUGUUCUAGUUGUACACUUUGAUGAAUAAAUAAUAUUUAAAGAAA